AUGAACCAGUCGUCGGCGAUGGCGCCGUUGGCGUCUCCAGCGGCGGCGGUUGCCGCAGCCCCUGCGAUCACGGAAGCCGCCAGAAGGGCCGCGCACGCAGCUGCCAAUGCCCCCGACUGGAGUGACUCUGCGGACAAUCACUCGCAGGACGACGACUUUGUGCCCCCGCCACAAGGUCCGUCGCUCUCGUACGAGCGCAAGAUCCGCCUGCACAAGUACGCCGAGAACCGCGCGCGGUCGUGCUUGGGACUGCUCGCUGAGUCGAGCAACGCGCUGUGGAAAGUGCACGAGUGCAAGAACGACAUUGGCGUGUACAAGCCGAGCUCGGACUGGUCCGAGGCCGUGUCCGCUAAGGCCGUGGUGUUUGCCAAUGCCGUGUUUCCGAACGUGCUCAAGACGAUUUACGAUCUCAAGACGUCGGACAAGUUCAAGCUCUUUCUGCGCAAGGCACUGGGCGAUAUGUUUCUAGAUGCAGAAGUGCUCGAAGACCUCAAUGGGACGGGCGUCUACCCAAGUGCGAACCCACCACGAGAUGCUCGCGAGAUGUACAAACAGGCGGCAAUCAAAUGGUGGGCCAUCAAGUCAGGGUCCUUGGCCAGUAAGUCCUCGGACUUCUACGUGCUGGAGUACAUUGGCAUCGAGACAUCGGGAGGGGACAUCGUCGCAUGUUAUCUCUUCCAGGAGUCGCUCGCAGAGGUAGGGGGUAUGCCACACAUCCAAGGUAAUAACUUGGAACGCUCCCAAUUCGAUGCACUGAUCUGCAAGUUUGAGCGGACUUCGUCACCAGACUACAAGGAUGAUUUUGUCACGAUUUCCAUCGCGUUCCAGCGUCCUCCACCUAUGGUUAGCCUCUUUCGCAGCAACCCUGCAGUAGAGAUGGUCACGCAGCUUGCCCGCGGUUUGCGCGACUUGCUGGAGGACCCACCCGAGCUCCAAGAGAUAUCUGUCGUAAAGACGUCCGCUUGGGUGAAAGACAAAGAGCGUCGCUUUUGCGUGCUUUGCAAUCGGCGCUUUUCGCCUAUAUUCCGUCGACGUCAUCACUGCCGUACUUGCGGUGAAGUGAUAUGCUGGUCAUGCAGCAGCACUAUACGCGUGCCCUCGAUUAGUUUCACACACAAUGAAACUGGCAAGCAGGUAUUGUCUCGUCACCAGUCAAGCAUUCGCGUGUGCAGUAAGUGUGUAGUGUCCCAACACCGGUCAAAGAGUGGAAGGGAGCUAAAUAAUCAAGAGGAUUUUAAGGAUUGGAUUCAACGAAGCACCGAGCAGCAACAACAUGCUACGGGAGACGAGGUAGGGAAUUCUCAGCAACUUCGAUUGCCUAGUCCUUCUCACUCGCAAGAUUUGUCGGGAGAGGUGGAAAGAGCUACGCGUGCUGAACCGAAGCAAGCACUUGUUGCCAAGGAAGAGCGAAUGCCGCGCAAGUAUCGACGUGUCAGUUUGGAUAAUGAAGAUGAAGAAAAGGAAGAUGGAAACAGCCGCCCUCACCAGUAUCGUGAACUUCCAGAUGCCCUUGACAAUCGAGAGCGACGAGAUUCGAAUUUGCGGACAUCAAGAAAGGUUUCUGGCGGAAAGCAGCGACAGAGUAACAUGCAGCUGCCUCAGCGUCAUAGUUACGGCGAACAGGCGGCUCGAUCUUCAAAGCAUAUGCGUCGAGUACGUCGGUCGCACUCCGAAGUGAGCAUUGAGCGCAUAACUGGCCAAGGUCGGGAUAAGCAAGUAAAUGCGACCAAGUCGACCAGCAACAAGAAAGCAACAAGUAGAGGGCGUCCGAGCAAAGCUGGCCGUCGUAAUCCUUCACCCGACCCUGUGCGGCUACCGGUUUUACCAAGCCGAGGUAAACAAAAAGAAGUAAACGAGCGACCAAGCUCAAUGGAAAAACUCCCGGUGCAAAACAGCAGCAGCUAUGUUCAUGCCGCUUCAGCGUGGGCUACGAACAAGACCGCAGUCCUCGCCAUGACUGGGGCGUUCCAGGAAUUGAUGACGAAACUCGGAGGUGAUGUCCAUUUCGUGGUUGUUGGGUUCUCUACUGGAUUCAGUGCCGAAGUGAUUGUUAACUUGCUUCGGCAGUUAGCCCCUGGUGUACCUUACAUUGGCGGUACGAUUGCACGUGGCAUAUGUGAUGAAAAUGCUUGGGUGUCUGUCAACCGGCACAACGACGAAGGUCUUGUCACCUUAUGGGGUGUGAAUGACCCGCAUGGCAUUUACUCGAUUGUUCAUGCAGGCUAUUCGCAGAGCGAUGCACAUGAGAAGACAUAUACUGCAGCUAGAACUGCUUUUGCCCGUGUGGCAGCUGAUGUUGAAGCUGGUGAAAAGCCGGCGUUCAUUGCAGCCUACGCGUGCCCACUCUUUGUGGAGCAUGCGAUUGACGGAAUUCGUGAAGCUAUCCACUGCCCGAUCAUUGGUGGCUGUUCGUCAGACGCCACUAGGCACGGGGAAGGUGAAGUAUCGGUGUCGUGGAUACAAAUCAGCAGUAGCAGCAGCUCUGACUACACAAAGAGUGUUCAUGAUGGUCGAGGAGACUGGACGGAGAUGGGAAUCGCAUUUGCGCUUUGUUUUCCUAGCGUGGAAACAUACGUAAGCUGGUUCAGCGGAUACAGCCCGGUUGGAGUGAAUAGCGAGUACUGCAUGGGCACUGUGACGAAGGCGUCGAACAAGACUAUUUUCGAAAUCGACUGCAAACCAGCCGCAGAGGUCUACCAAGAGUGGCUCGAUGUGGCGUCGGACAAGAGCCAGACUGAGCUUUCCUCGAUUGGAUUCCCUCGACUAGGCAGUUUGCACCCAUUGGGCACCACGAUCGACUUUGUGUCGAACCAGAUGGAGAUCGACCGCGGUAUUGACGCCCACUCCUCCUCCUCCUUAUGCUCAAUGCAGUCAAGCGAUUGGUCCAAACUUAUCAACAUGACAGCAGUGAUCACCGGCAUCAACGAGGACGGCUCACUGAGCGCCACCAGCUCCGUCGCGUGCGGCACUAACGUUGUCCUCAUGGAAACGUCGGCUCAGUCGUUGAAGACCGCCAUCAACAAGAUGGGCGCGCAAGCCGUGGAAAGCAACAAGUUUCACAUCCACGAGACGAUCGGCUGUCUCAUGUUCCUGUCAGCUGGAGUGCAGGCACUGUUGGGCCACAAGAGCAUGGCGGAGAUGGUCGGUGCGUACAAGGACUGGUCCGGUGGAGCGUCGUUGAUGGGCAUGACAACGUUUGGUGAGAUCGGCCACUUGCCGAACUCGAGCGACUUGCCCCACUACGACUCGCUCAUGUUCGGCGCCAUUAUCUUUUCAAAGCGCAAACGAAAAGGCUAUCUGCGCUAUUGA